GACGUAGAUCUCACGUGACCAGGAGUCGACGUGUGCAGAAGUCCUGCUAGUCUGGUCCUUGUUCCCGUCUGGGUACCAGCUUCCUUCUGCAGCUCCACAGCGCGGCCUGAGACUGAGGAAGGAGAAAGAGUCAGUUGGCCUGGAUUUUGCAGAUCUGCGAGUCUGUUGUUCACCGCACUGCCCAAAGGCUAGAACAGACCGGGAAGACGCCGAUUGAAUCAGUACUGAAGUGAUUCUAUUCAGAGGAGUAACUGGAGCAAAAGGAAGGAAGAGGACGGACACAAGAUGAAACCCUGUCAAAAAAUGGAAGGAAAACCAGAAAACGAGAGUGAACCAAAGCUGGAGGAAGAGCCAAAGUCUGAGGAAAAGCCAGAGGAAGAGGAAGAGCCAAAGGAGGAGGAAAAAACAGAAGGAACUUUCAGAGAAAGGCUGAUCCAGUCUCUCCAGGAAUUUAAAGAAGAUAUUCACAACAGGCAUUUAAGCAAGGAUGACAUGUUUAGGGAGGUGAAUGAAAUAGACGAGAUAAGGAGAGUAAGAAACAAGCUUGUGGUGAUGCGUUGGAAGGUUAAUCGAAACCAUCCUUACCCCUAUUUAAUGUAGUUUGCCUUGAUUUUUAUUUUUUCUGAUAUUAACAUUGCCAUAUAGCUUUCUUGUGAUUUGCAUUUUUCUGAUAAACCUUUGUCCAUUUUUCUACUACUAACUUGUUGCUAUUAGUGGUUUUAGAUGCAUCUCUUGUUUCUGCAUCUCAUUGUUUAUCAUAUUUUGAACCAAUCUCCAAGUUUCUGCAAUUUAAUAGGAGAGAGAGCUUUACUCAUUUUACAAAAGGAGGUCCUCCUGACAGGAUAGAAAAUGAAAAAUGUUACUAAGGAAUAUGUGAAUAUCAUAUUUUUAAAAGGGAAGAGUAUGUUUGUAUGUACAUAUAUACACAGAAAAACAUGUGAGGGAUGAAAGACAAAAAAGUUCAUUGGUAGGAUUAUGAGUGAUUUAAAAAAUUCUGCUUACUUGUAUUUUUCCUUAUUCCUAGAAUAUACGCGCAUUGUUAAAAUAAUAAAAGUUUUAUGACAAAAAGUGA